UUCAAGUUUUUAUUUAUCCAUGUUCAUUAUUGAUUCGAUCAUCUGAUUCUCGGGCACACGACGAGCUCUUCGUGUUUGCUGAUCCUCUAGAAACGUAAAUAGUGCAUGAUAGCCGCGGACGCACGUGGCAUAGUCUUUUAGAUUGUUGGUGCUUAUUGACCUGUUGACUGCGAAACGUAGCUGUCAUUCUAAGAUGUGGAUACUUCCGAUUAAAACAUCGAUGUCACGCCAGGAUCGACUUUGCGGCGCGCAUUUUCCAUGCCAGGCGUGUUAUGAUUUCGGGAAGAUGCAAUCUUUUGUCAACAGUUCGCUACGUAUCCGAACUAUCUAAAAAACGGUAUCGUGCGGAUUUUCAUCUGGCCGAAAGUGUCUUUCCUAUCGUGGGACGACACGUUAACAGGUUGAAUCGCGACUCACCGCUUUUCAUUUCACCGUCCGUCAGAAUGUCAUCAAUAUUCAAAGGUAGCACCAAGAAUACUGAUCAUUCUGGUGCGAAGAAGCUAAACUCUUUGAGUUUGGAAAAGUCACCGUACCUGUUGCAACAUGCGACGAAUCCCGUGGAAUGGUAUCCCUGGAGCGACGAGGCUCUGGAGAAGGCAAAGAAGGAGAACAAGAUGAUUUUUUUAUCAGUCGGCUACUCCACGUGUCACUGGUGCCACGUGAUGGAGAAGGAAUCGUUCGAGAACGAAGAGAUCGCACAGAUUAUGAAUGAGCACUUCAUUAAUAUCAAAGUGGACAGGGAAGAGAGGCCCGACAUCGACAGGAUAUAUAUGACGUUCGUCCAGGCAAGGACGGGUCAUGGUGGUUGGCCGAUGAGCGUUUUUCUGUCGCCGAAUUUGACGCCGGUAACAGGAGGAACGUACUUCCCGCCAGAUGACAAACACGGCCUUCCAGGGUUUAAAACGCUCUUGUUGGCAGUUGCAAAGAAGUGGACAGAGCAGAAGAGUGACAUAAUCAAAACCGCCGCUAACAUAGUGGAUCAUCUGAAGAAUAUCGUCGAGUGCAGGCAAGGUCUAAAGAAAGACGAUGGAUUUCCCACGGCCGAAUGCGCGCUGUUGUGUGCUCAUCUCCUGGCAAACGCAUACGAGCCGACAUACGGUGGAUUCGGCAGCAGGUCGAGAAUGAAUUCGCCCAAGUUUCCCGAGCCGGUCAACUUCAAUUUUCUCUUCAGUACUUAUGCUUUAAGUACUUCCCCUGAGUUGCGUAGGCAAUGUUUAGAUAUGUCUGUACAUACGCUGACGAAGAUGGCUCAUGGUGGAAUUCACGACCACGUGGGACAAGGCUUUUCAAGGUACUCCGUGGACGGUGAAUGGCACGUCCCUCAUUUCGAGAAAAUGCUCUAUGAUCAAGCCCAGAUCAUACAGGCCUAUGCUGAUGCUUACAUUGCCACGAAGGAUUCGUUCUAUUCCGACAUUGUCGAUGAUAUUGCCACGUACGUCGCGCGUGAUCUGCGACACAAGGAAGGUGGCUUCUUUAGCGCGGAGGACGCGGAUUCGCUCCCGGAGCCGCAAGCUUCGGCAAAACGGGAAGGCGCGUUUUACGUGUGGACCUACAAUGAACUCAAGACUCUUUUGAAUAAGAAAAUACCCGAUAACAAUAAUGUUGAAUAUUUUGAUCUCAUCUGUUAUCACUUCAACGUGAAAAAGGAGGGAAAUGUGCGAAAGGCUCAAGAUCCUCAUGGCGAGCUCACGGGCAAAAAUGUGUUUAUCGUGCAUGACGGAAUAGAACAAACUGCGGAGCAUUUUAAUCUUAAUGCAGACGAUGCCAAAAGCCACGUUAAAGAGGCCUGUCGGAUCUUGUUUGAAGAAAGAUCGAAGAGGCCGCGGCCCCACUUGGACGACAAGAUCGUCACAGCAUGGAACGGUCUUAUGAUAAGUGGUUUUGCACGUGCUGGAACAGCUGUGAAAAACGAGAGGUACAUCGAAUUAGCGACGGACGCUGCCAAGUUUGUGGAGCGUUAUCUGUUUGACAGAAAUAACAGCGUUUUACUUCGCAGUUGCUACCGCGGGGAGGACGACAAUAUUAUGCAAACGAGCGUGCCGAUAAACGGUUUCCACGAUGAUUAUGCAUUCGUCGUGAAGGGAUUGCUCGACCUGUACGAGGCCAACUUCGACCCGCACUGGCUUGAGCUCGCCGAGGAGCUGCAGGACAUUCAGGAUCAGCUGUUCUGGGACUCGCGGGACGGCGGUUACUUCUCCACUGUUCAGAAUCCUCAGAUAAUUCUACGGAUGAAAGACGCUCAAGAUGGCGCGGAGCCGUCCAGUAAUUCUAUCGCAUGCUCCAAUUUACUGCGUUUGGCGUCCUAUCUGGAUCGCAGCGAGCUGAAAGAUAAAGCCGGAGAGCUUCUGAGUGCGUUUGGCAAAGGGCUCAUGGAGAUGCCAAUUAUGUUCCCGCAACUGACGGUGGGGCUACUUGAUUAUCACUACACGACGCAGAUUUAUAUAGCGGGAAAACCGGACGCCGAGGACACGGCCGAGAUGCUGAAAGUUAUCCGCGAGCGUCUGAUACCCGGUAGAGUGCUACUGUUAGCCGAUCCCGAUCAGGAGGACAACGUGUUGCUUCGCAAAAACGCGGUCGUCGGCAAGAUGAAGCCGCAAAAGGGUCGGGCAACGGCCUUCGUAUGCCGACGUACUUGUACCUUGCCCAUUACGAGCCCUAGCGAGCUCGCUACUCAGUUAGACGACAGGGAAUUUUCCAGCUUAUGAACGGUGAGAUUGUACAAAGCGAUUUAUUUUGCGUUGCGCAUUUGUCGCGUGUCCAAGACGGCGAUGCAAAAGAAGGGAAGACGUCGCCGAAAGAUUUACAAUAUGUCUGGCCGCACCAAUUGCGUGCUUGACCUUAAAAAGAUUUCCUGUGUUAAAUAAUGCAUUGUUAGACUGCAGAAUUGGCGUAGUAAGUCGCCGUAGCAUCCGCAAGCGGAUCAAUAGCACAUUGCGGCCGAAUAAAGAGAUAUAUCCGACGUGCGUCGCGCGUUAAUCCAGCGUUGUUGCUGUAUAUCGCAUUGCGGCCCUAUAUUUUGGUUCCAAAUAAAGUCGCAACUGUACAGAAAGUA